AUGAGCAUGAUCCACCGAUUCCAAUCCUCCGCCGCGAGUUUGUGCGACCUGCUGCACGGGGCGACGCCGGACGGAGCUCUCGGCCAGUCGCUGCUCGGGCUGCCCGAAUUCGACGAGCUGGCAACGUGGCUGCUCGCAGCGCGCCAGCACGCUGCCACGCUGCGAAGUGGCCCCGCUGCAAACACUCGCGGCCGGCGACAGUCUUCCAUUCCGGCGCCACCGCCCCGCAACGCCGCCGGCCCUCCGACAAGCCGCCGGCCGCGGGCAGGCCAGCCGCCGCUGGCGCAGAUGCCGUGCAUGCGCAAGCCCGCCCCCAAGGCCGUCGCGCCGCCGCCAAGGCCAAAGACGCCCGGCCGGCGGCGCGAGAGCAUCCUCGAGCAGCCGCCGCGGCGCAGAAGCACCCGUCUCAAGCCGGACACCACAACCACACCGUCCGCAUCCCACCCACCCGGCGAGGCGCCGCGAGCGGAUGCGACUGAUGCGUGCGCGGGCGAGGCUGAGCCGCCGCCCGCCGUGGACGUCGAGCCACAGCCGCUCCCGAGCGCGGCCACAGCGGCUGAGCCGGCGGCGGCGGAGGCUCGCCACCGCGCUCCAUCCGCCGCGCCGCUCAGCCCUCCUCCGCCGGCGCCGCCGCCGACCCCUCCAGCGCCUGCAGUGGACCUCGCCAUGACGCUCUUCGCAGCCUUUUGGAUAGGCUUCGCGCGCACGCCGCCCCUCAGCAUCCGCCGCCUCUCGCGCGCGAUGACGCACUCGGGCGCAAGGCGCGGCCUGGGGAUUGGGGCUGGGGCGAGCCGCCUCCCGACGCCUCUCCACGGCCGCACUCCUCGCCCGCACCGCAGGUCGCGCUCGAGCAGCGCCUGCUCGAGCGAGGCGACUCCCGUGAUCCGCUCGCCGCCCCGCUCGACCAAGCGCCCGCCCGCCAAGGCCGACCAGGCGGAAGAGGGCGAGGCGGCGGUCGACCAGGCGGAGGCGGGCGGCGAGGACGCGGGAGCAGCGGCGGGUGCCCUCGAGGCGGCGUGGGAGGAGGAGACGGGGCUGCCGACCGGGCCACGCCCCGCCGCUUCUCCACCAGCCAGGCAGACCCCGCCGUCGCGCGAGUUCCCGUCCGUCUUUCGCACGGGCGUCGGAGCGACCCAGCUGCUCGCGCUGCACGCGGCGCUCGCUAAAGUGCGCCUCCUCCUCGAGGUGAUGGGGUCGCGAGGCUUGCUCGACCAGCACCUCGACCAGCACCUCGACCAGCACCUCGACCAGCAGGCCGGCCCAGGCGGCAAGGGGCCGAGCGGCAGCCUCGCGCGCUGGCAGCUGCGGGCCCUCGCGGACUGA